AUGGGCCUCCCCCUCUACAGCGCAACCCCCAAGUUGCCCAGGGACUUCCCGUACCAGCCAGAACCCAAAGCCUGGGCCCGAUUCCUGGCCUGGGAGUCCACAGACCCCCUCACGGAGGAUGACAAAAACAGCACCGCGGACGGCGGCAAACCCGUCGAGGAGCUCGACCUCCCCGAGGCAGAGGGCAGGCGCAUGCAGAGGUGCAACCCGGGGCUCAAGCCGUGCACCAGGGCGACGGUCAAGGACGACAAGUACCUCUGCCACGGGUUCGUGAGGCUGCGGUGCCCAGACACCGGCCACGAGACCAUCGUGCACCGAAGCGUGGUGCUGGAGCAGAGCAAGUGGAUCAGGGACAGGGCAGCUGAGCCCGCCCCGAGUACGAACCGGACAUGCUGGCGCGAAGACAUGGUCGAGGAUGCCCUCAGCGCGGCCCCGAUCUGCAUCCCCAGCCACAUCAGAUGGUGGCACGUCCUCUGGGCUGUCGAUUACAUGUACGAGGGCCGGGUCCCGGGGUUCCAUCUGCUGGCCGGCGAGGAGUGGCCGGCGAGGUACGCGCUCAUGCGGCCGCGGUCGAUCGUAUGGGGCCUUCUUGAGCUGUGGGAGGCAGGGCACUUCUUCGGGUUGGACGGGCUGAAAGAGCGGGCCGAAGGGGCGUUCAUGAAUUAUUUUUACUAUGGAAUUGAUGCGGCAGUCGCUGACCAAUGCUCUCUCGUGGACCUUGGCUUUGCGCCAGCCUCGGCAUUCGACUGGCGUCGGCCCCAACAACGCAUUGGCUUUGAGUUUGUGCAGGCUGUUUGGAGGUUAUACGGGGACCCAGAUAUGAUUCCUCUGGAUUACUUUCAUAUGCAUAUGGGCGAAGAUGGGAAGUUUGUUAGCGACCUCACUGCUCAGGACAGGCAUGCUGUUCAGGAAUGGGCCCGCACCGUGUUCGACAUAACAGACGUGCAGCCUAUUAUGAUGAAAAUGUGCGCAGAUUUGUCCUGGAAAGACUUGUUCGAGCUGGGGUGGUUCCAAGAGACUGUGUCCAAGGAGGGCUCAACUUAUGCGGUGGAGUUCCGGACAGCGCUGGACGAGGAGAUGAAGGCGUCUCCAGAUAGGUGGCCGAUGGAUGAGUACCUCGAGGUGCUGGACUGGUGCGAGGGGGUGCAACCUGAAUGUUAG